UCUGCACUCAUGUCACUCACAGUCCCCCCAUGGCUCAGGGCCAAAAACCAGGCAUUUUCUCUGUUCUUUUCAAAGGUAGUCACAGAUACAAAGGAGGAUGAUCAAACCUUACAAGUGUGCUAGGACUUCUGUUUCCCAUUUGAAUUCAUUCUCACCCAGAUAUUUCAGCCUUUUGCAACAGUUAUAUUUACUAAACUCCGAGAAAGAGCUGAUAGUAAGAUGUGGAGAAGAUUCUUGAAUAAACCUUGGACUAUAACCACCUUCACUGAGCAACAAUGGCAAUGGCUAUUUAUAUGCCACCCACUGUUCCAUAUCAACCUCUUGCACCUAGUAAGAGAUAAGGAACAUGGGCUCCUCAACUUGGGAACAGAAAAGCACCGAGAUAGAUCUUUUCAUCCUCUUACUCAAGGGGGUGGAUGGAGAAGUAUGGUGCAAAAAGCUAAUUCUGCCCUUGAAAAACACAAAAGAACACCAGCCACAUGCAUCACACCACACCAAUCCUCAGAUCCUUUCCUCCAAACUCUGGAUGAUCUGUCCAUUAUUCUGUUUGAACAAUAUGCACAUUCUAAUGUUGCCAUCAACAUUAGCUUAGUAGUCAUCUAUAUAGGACUCUGCAAACAUGGAAUUCUCAGCUUCCCUAAUCAUUUCCAAGAGUUUUUCAGAGAAACUCACUCUCACUCUCAAGUGUUUUGCAGGGUCAUGCUCAAGAGGAUUCUCAAUAAACUCCUCCAACACUUAGAACCUCAUUAUAACACCCAGAAAUGGCUCCAAUCCAGCCCAUGCAUGCCUGCUUCUCCAUCUCACUCUCUUUAUUGUUUCAAAACCCUCAGCACUUUUUAAAGACAGUCAGUCCAAAGUGAGUGAAUUCACCUAUAGGAGACCAGCCACACACACA